AUUGUGAUAAAAGGUCAAGUUCACGGCCAGGCAGGAGAGAACCAGAUAAAUCUAAUAAACGGACAAACAAUACAUCUGAUAGGUAUUGGAACAGUGGGAGAGAGGAAGAUGGUCAUGACAGAACAAGACCAAAGCGCCCAAUGUCCCAACAUGACGGGAAAGAUGGCCAAUCUUUACAAGAUAUGGACAUAUCCCCGGACAGGAGCACACCAAUAUCGGAGAACUCGUAUGGAGCACGGGAGGGCACGUCUCGUAGUGAUGCCAACACUGUUCCCCCAGUUGUCGUGCUAGACAAUUCUAACAAACCUAGCGGCUCACUAUUGGCAGCAGCGUUGCCGCGUAUCGUAGGCAUGCCACAGAUGUCGAUGCAGACGGCGGGGCCGAGUGGCAUGUGCGCGGGGCCCAGUGGCAUGGGCGCCGGUCCCAGUAGCAUGGGCGCCGGGCCCAGCGCCGCUAACCACAGGGCGUCGCCGGGGAGCGGCGCGGGGACUCCGCACCGCGACCCGGGCCCGCCUACGCCAACGCACUCUGAGAACAUCGACCCUCACGCGCCGCCCAUUCACCUAGACAGCGCGCUGCCCAGGAAAAUGGAAUGCUUGGGGAGCUAUUCGUCAGUGGUGGGAUCUCUGCACCACGGAGCGCCCAUGCUGACGCCGUCGCUGAUAAACUACGUGCGCGCCGACCUCACACCGCACGCUCACGGUUGGCCGGCGGACAUUCUCGAGAAGCAGGCUAACAAGUUCACAGAGGAGGCUUAUCAGCUGGGUUGCUUGCAUUGCACCCGGGUGUCUGCCGAGCUGAAGUGCUCGCGCUCGAUCGUGCGUCACACGGAGAUACAGGCCACACUUCAAGAGCAAAAGUUGAUGUACCUGCGGCAGCAGAUAACGCGGCUGGAGGAGCUCAAGUCGCAGAACUCGUUCAUGUCGGAGGACUAGGGUCCGCGGUGGGGGGCGCGCCCGCAGCCGCCCCCCACCGCCGCGCCCCGCGCGACCGUCGCGACCCCCUAACACGAACGUUGUUCAUUCCGUUCUCUUUGUAUGUAAUUUAGGUGAAUGACUAUUGCUGUGUUGUGUGAUUGUUGAUUAGUAAUCGAGCGUUGUCGUAAUCGAGCGUUGUCGUAAUCGAGCGUUGUCGUAAUCGAGCGUUGUCGUGAUCGAGCGCCGGGUUUGGUCAAUUCGAGAGUAGGUACGAUUCCUUUCUAGCUAGGCGAUGUCAGAUUUAUUUUUAAUUCGCCUUGCGUUUGUUAUGAAUAUUGUAUAAAAAAAAAUACGGCAUGAAAUAGUUUUUCAUCCAAUUUUAUCCCAAUGUGGGAUAUCGUCUAUGAAGGUAGGUAUAAGUACUGCAAGCGUUAUUUGUAUAGUGAACUGUGCACGUGCGAGCUAAUCUUCUCAUUUUCACUUUGAUUGGGUAUUUGACGCUAAUUUUACUUAUUUUAAGUGUACUAAAUAUUUUUUUAUAUGUUGUCAAUUUUAGGUCAUUUUUUAACUAGAUGUAAAAUUUAAUUUAAGUUUUUUGAACUUUAAAUUAUGCAAUGUUUGCUAUCCCGCGAUAGAAUAUAUAUGAUCAGCUAUGUUGCGUAUGUAUAACACACAUUGGAAUAUGUUUUUGGACAGAAUAUGAAGGGGACUAAAUAACACAAGAAAGUGUGUUAUAAUAUUAUAUCUUUAAUAUUAUAGUACAGUUAGUUAUGCAAUUUUUUAAAAAUCUACUAUUAUGUAAUGAUAAUAAACUUGUAAACAAUGAUGAUAAAUAACCAACUUUUGAGUUUAUUGCCAGCUCUUCUCAGCUUUCCGAACCGGAGUUUUUACAAAAAAUAGUCAAACUUGAUAAAUCAAAAGUGCCUGUUAACUAAGUGUAUGUACAGAUAAUUGCUGUAUUGUCGUUUAAGCAUGAUUAAAAUUUUCAUUACUAAUUUUAUUUUAAUUAUUAUUUUAUUAUAAUUAUCAUUUAUUACAUUUUAAUUUUACAUGAGAUAACAUUCUCGUGUGUUUAACUUUGUGCAUAAAAUAAGUAAGUUGUGUGUCAAUUUACUUACUAAUAAUGGGCCCGUAUUACCACCACCUUCUACUAAUGGGCUACCACUAAUCGGCGGCUUUUGCGGUGAAGUAUCCAUAUGUUUUAUAUAAAAAAAAACAAGAUAAGCAGCUAAUAUUCUGUUUUCAAAGGUAAAAUGUACUUCAACACACAUUUGUCUCAAAAUAUUGAGUCUUUACAGUUAUAGGAUAAACAAAUUAAAUUCUAACUUUUAAUUUUAAAUUUUCGCUUAACAAUCAUGUGAAGUUGACGGUAACAGAAACAAAUAUAUUAGAUAGUAUUUACGAACUAAUUUGAUGCUAGAUUGUUUUUUUUUUCAAAAAUAUUAUCAAACGUAGUUGGAGUACGUACAUAUUAAAAGCAAAUAUAUUUUAGUGAUAAAUCCAUUGUUUCUAAAUCGUAAAAACGCUAGCUAGUGUUUCGAUUUUUCUGAUGAGAAGAUUAAAAUCGGAUCGGAAUGCUGAUUCUGCUUACAAGUAUGACAAAAAAAAUCAGAACUUAUUCGUUGUUCUAUACGCGAAGACAGGUAGUCCCUAGUAAAUAUAUAUUAUGUAAAAUGAAUUGCUAGGAUAUCUACUAACAAUAAUCUUUGGAAAUUUUCCAAGUAAACUACUCCAAGCAUCCAUCUUUUUGAAUACAUGUUCGUCCUAAUUUAGGCUAUGCCAAUCAUACUAUAAAAAUCAUACUAUAAAAAUAAAAGCACAGAUUUUUUUUGUGUUAGUACCGUCGAAGCCCUUUUUGGGAAUCUUUUUCGCAAAGUUAUAAAAUAAUUUUAUGUCACAAUCAGUACAAAAUUAACAUUUAUUAAUCCAUUUGUGAUCAAGAAUCAAGCUUGUGUAAGUAAAUACGUUUUAUAAAUUGUUUCAAAUUAAAUAGGAUUGUGUGGCGAAUACUCAACAAAAGAAAUUACAGAAAACUGUCUUAGACACCUUUGUUCUUUUUGUGUGUGGUUUAUACAUACAAAUACAUCCAAAAUAUAUGUAUCACAGUUGAGAAAUUUUGGCAGUACAUUUUAAACAACAACAAACAAAACUAGUCAAAAUAAAUUGUGUACAGCAAAUCACAUAAUUUUUUUUCAUUUGGGAAUUCAAUGUGUAUUUUCAUAUGCAUACUAUUGUAGCUGAGUUGUAGUUAUUCUUGUUGAAUAUGUAAAUAGUUUAAACAAUAGGCUAGUUGACACUUUUUUCAAAGGGCCUUAAAUAGUUCUUUAUCGUUCUACAAUAAAUCACUAUCGUUUUUAAAAAAAAUAUUUUUAUAUUUUUUCAAGACGUGAUUACAUGAAAAUUUUAGUUUUUAUUUAAUAUUAUUUAUUUUUUAUUUUUAAAAGAGGUUAAUAAAUAUGUAAACAACAACAUUAUCCACGAAUUACAUAAAUUAAGAAUUAUUCGUUUUUUACUAGUUUUUAAAUAUGUUUUUGACAUUACAAGCCUAAACGCCUGUCGGCCAUGACAGACUAUAUUUCAACUGUUUCAUGACGUCACUGCAAUAAAUCCCAUACAAAAGCGUUUGCAAAAAAUAUUAGUCAACAAUUAGUUCGACGUUUAGUAUAUCAAGGGUGUUAGUGACGUCACAAAAUGGACGACAGACGUUUGGAAAAUUUUAAUAAAUACAUUAUAUUUAAAUUAAGUUUUAAAAUAAAUCCUUAACUUUUAUUAAUUGAUAUUUAUAUAUUUCGGGCCCUUAUUCCAUAUACUACACGAAAUUAAUAUCUUUUAUAUUAAAUUUGAUACGAGUCAACUAGCCUAUUGCGUAAUAGAAUCAACCAAUAGUAAGGGUGCAAUUAGAGCGAUUGCAACCAGGCCAUCAUACGAGUAUAGAGUUUGUUCACUUGAGAAACUUUACUAAGAUUGAAUAUAUUUUAUGAAGCGUAAAGCGAGCUAAGCUGCGGGCAAAAGCUUGUUAUUGUAUAAAUGCUUCUAUGCUCUGGCUAUUUAUUGCACAUGUUUUAAUGUAAGAGAUAGGCGGGAUAAACGGUGUUGUUAAUUAUUCUCCUAAUCUUUCGCAUAGCAAAAAUAUUCCUAUUAUUAAUUAAAUCACCAAUUUAUAUAUGUUUAUAUAAGUAGUGGAACAUUAGUUCUCGAAUGAUUAGCAGACAACUUUAACCCGAGAUUAUAGCCCACCAAUUUAAACAAAAAGUGGAAGAAAUUUUGAAGUUUUGAUGUAUUUUUUUCUUGGGCGAGUAUUUGAUUUCUACCAAAUACAAAUAAGAUUUAAUGUUAAAUGGUUGUAUAUAUAGAACUAAACUAAAAAAAAAAAAACUAGAAGAGAUACUUGUAAGUCUAGCGUCUCUUCUAAAUAGUAAAUUAAUAAUUAUGAUUCAAGAGUUGUAAGUGAUUUUUAAGAUUUAAAUUUUUACUGGAUCACUUUUUAUUUGUAUUUUAUAUUAAAAAUAACCGUUAGUCAAGUACCCAAUUUAAUAACACAGGAUCCUCAAUGUUAUUGUAGUUAUAUGUGUUUAAGUAAUAAUACGGUUCGCUACGCUACCAAUUCACGCAACUGGAUAUUCUAAGAGCCCAAAAAUAUACAAAUGUGAAAGUAUUAUACAGGGAUUUGUACCAAAACUUUAAUUUAUAUCUAACCCAUUUAUUAAAGCUUAUAUAAGUGCUAAAACUCCUUUAUUUUUAAGAACCGUCAGUGUUCUGAACAAUUAAGGCCUAUUAUGUUAUCACUGUAGCCACAUUCCAAAUAGCCUUUAUAACAUCGGAUUUGAAGCCUGAAGUGCCAAAAUGGAUGUUAUAAACCAUAUUGGUAACGUAACAGUUUGAUUGUCUUUAAAGUUUAGUAUUGAUCAUUUUGGCGGAUUUUUAAUUAAUUAGUGGUCCGUCUUGUUUUAGAAGGAAAUAAAUACUAUUUUGUAAUACUAUUUGUAUUUUUGUACAUAUCAGAUUUCAUGACAGUUGGAGUAGUUAAAGCAUUAUAUACAGGCUGCUCGGGAGUAUUUCCCACAAUUUCAACGUGUUGACGAGUCCACUUAUACUUAUAUAUAUUCAACUAAAAAAUAAAAACUUUUUAUGUUUUCAUACAAAGUAAUUCAAAUAAUCCCGACUAUCCAUGUGACACGCCUUUAUCUAGCCUUGCAUUUUAAAAUACGUAAAACUUGAACACGUCAUAAUUAUAAGGACUCGUAUAGGGGGCAUAUUUUAAGAUCUAUUUACGAAAGAGAUAUUACUUAUCCGAAAAAUAUUAAUUUUGGAAACAUAUUCCUUGAACAUUUUUAAUUAUUUUUCGGUAAAGAAUAUAACCCCAGAGUUAUGGGAAACACUCCCGAGCACCCUGUAUAGUAUUUUAAAAUCAUCGUUUAUACACUGGCUGAAAAAAAUACCAUAAAAUCAAAUUCCAAAGAGUGUAUUAGCUGGUGUACUAAAGUAAGCUUAGCACAUGUAAACAUUAUGCAUGUGCUAUAAAUGUUUUUUUUAGUGUUUUUUCUUUGCAAUCUGUCAUUAAAAAAAAAACAUUCAGCAAAUGUCUGUAUGUUGGCAUGAUGCUAUCAAUGUAUGAGAUGAAUAUUUAUGAUUACUUUUCUGUGUGACGUCACAUCUUUCUCUUCGUAGAUACUACACAAGUACAGUAAUUCGUACACUUUGUUGUGUAAAAAUGACAGGUAUAAAUAAUUUACGUAUACCAAGUAUAUUAUUGAAUAUUAUUUUGGUUACUCACAUGUUUUGGUUUAAAAUAUAUUUCCAUUUGAACUCUUUUUGGACUCUUAGAAUGUGGGCAUUUAAGAUCUGCCUAUACAUAAAUAUGUGACGCGAUUUAUAACAUAUUGUAUACCGAGUUAUUGGCAUGAAUAAUGUAAUUAUUAUAGUUAGAUUAUUAUGUGUUCUCUAUAAUUCAAUUAAGCUCAUGUAUAUGGGUGUAUGAAUAGAUAUCCUGUUUACCAAGUGGGAUAGUGAUUGUGUAAGGCUACGGUGUUUAUAAAGAGAACUGCUACUUUUUUUGUUGGUUAUAAAAAAAUAUAUCGUUUUUCUAAAUCAAUGCGUCAAAAAGUUUAAUCUGUAAUGCGAUGUAUAAAAGCGAGUGGAACCGAUUGGAAACUUUCGCUUUUAGUAAAAUAAGUACACAUCAAAAUUCCCCACAGCCUCACGCUAUUUGAUUUACGAAAUAACGAAACUGUAUAAUAAUAAUAAUUUAAUUUUAAGUAGAUUUGUUAGAUGAUUUUAAUGAAAGCAUUCGUUAAGUUUAUGAUGCGCCUUCAAUGAUAGGAAACACAGUUUUAGAUUCUGAUUUUUACUUAUUACUAUUAGUUCUUCACAAAAGACGCGGCACUUUUAAUAAGUAUAUAUUUUUUGUUUUAUAUUGUCCUAAGUCGUGUGGAUCAAUAGUUUAACGCGCGCUGACUAUCUGUUAGUCGUGUAACACUAGGCAUACAUCAGAUCAAUUACUUUUUUAAUGCUCCCUAAAUUUUUAUAGAUUUCCAUUUUGAUGUUACAGCAUACUAUGUGUCGGACGAACGGGUUGACAUCAGAAAUGUUACCAAUAAACUCUUGAGCGGUAAAGAAUAACCUUGAGCGAAGUCCCGGACUUGUAACCGGUGGAUGUAGGGUUAACGUUUCUUUAGGACGCGUCAAUACUUCCCUUAUCUCUCAAGUUACUUUCCCCGUCAAUCCCAAAAUGAUUCAUGAAGGGUUAAGCGAGCGGUCUAUAGUGCCUAUAGUGCCAGCACUCGGCCCUCCAGUACUCCCCACCUAACUCACAGAACACUUCGUACUAUCUUGGCUCGUGACAACACAAGCCGACCAAUCGAAUGACUCGGUCAUGCCGACUAGAGAUAUCGCUGUCUUAUUAGUUACUCGUAUCUAAUGAAAGAUGGCGCUGUAAUUGUCUAAUCCUUCGACAUUAUACGAGUAUAUCCAAAUUAUUUAACCAAAAUCUAUCUAAAUUCGCUAUUUGUCCAACACUUAUAUAUCUAAAUUAUUUUACCAAAUCUCAACACAUUUAUGCCAUGUACUAGUAUAUUGUCUAUGUCUAACAGCAAAAUGUCACUUUGAGUCUCAGACUAAUUAUUAUUAUUAAAAAGGACUGGUAUCGCUACCAAAUUCACGCUCAAAACGACACGUUUGUCGUUAUUGACGUGACAACGUCUUAUAAUUCGAUGAAGCCAGAUGCAAACUCGAAAAAAGAUGACGUCAUGUGUCGUUCCCUCGCUUUAGGGUUGCCAACUUUUUUUUUUACAAAAAAUAAAGUAUAUCUCGCUCUUUCUUUUGAAAAAUGCAACCAUUCUAUUAGUAGUAUUUCUGACGUCACGUACUCGCACACAUAGUAUAUAGUUAAGACCAAUUAUAUCUUUUGCAUCCUUACACUACACACGGCUAUAAAUUUCGCAAUACAAAAUUACACCUGUGUAAUUUUUACACACACUAAUACAACUUUGUCAAAGACAUCGUUUAUUUUGUUCCGGCUAAAGAAUCCAAUUCAAUCAAAAGAUUUGCAAAUUUAAAACAGUUAGAAAUAUGUACUAAGAAAUGAAAACUAGAAGUUGUUAACGGUUUUUACACCAUCAAAAUACACAAAAAGGCAUUUUUACGCAACGACAACAAUUACAACUAUGAAACAUUGAGACAGUUUUUAUAAACGGGACUUUGAUAGUGUAACUUCUAGCGAGACAGGUCCCUAUGUAAUUACUCCGAGCAUUAAGUCACUUUCAGUCACUUCCAUAAUCUGGCAAGUGCGUUGACACUCCCAUGAUAUGCGGGGGGGGGGGGGGGGGGGUUUGAAAGUCUGCGCGGGUGUGAAAUUGUGCGUGCGGGGAAGUAAAGUGCAUCAGUCGUGGGUUAACAUCGGGAGUGUUACGAACGAAAUUGCCAAGCUUUACAGUGUGGAUUUGUUGAGAUAUAAACAUGUACAAUGUACAUAAUAUGAUCAUCAAAAUGUUAAUAGACAAUUUAAAAGUAGAUCUGCAUAAAAAGUAUAUAGUAAUAUUAUAAUGCCAAUGGAAAAAUUAGGUUUUUGCCGAAACUGCGAUGCAUAUUUUUAAACCAUUCGGUCUGUUUUAAUCAAUUCUUAUAUUAAUUAUUUUGUUAUACUUUUAUUGUAUACAAAAAAUAUUUCAAUAGUAUCGAAUAAUUAAUAUUGUGAAUGUGUGAAUGUGCGUAGCGUGGUGUGUUACGGCUAUUCAAUGUUAUGAGAACACAAUGUAAACAAUGUAUCAUUGUUAUUGCGGCCAGUGUUAUAAAUGUUUAGUAAAUAUUAUGCAACGACAUUCACAUUUUAUAUGAUACAUGCUCAAUGGCGUAGCUAUCCAGGGGGCCUGGGGCUCUCAAGCUCAGGGGGCCCCUCAAGCUCAGGGGGCCCUCAAGCUCAGAGGGCCCUUUAAUCUUUACCAGAAAAACGGGAUCGAAGUGAACUUGGAAAAUUUCGCAAACAUAAAACUGAUGCAUAUUUUAACUUGAUUUACCUAACCUGUUCAGAUGGUUGUGGGGCCCAUUGUUUUAUUUGCAGGGCCCUUGGUUACCUAGCUACGCCACUGUGCAUGCUUGUACAAUGUACAUAGUUUAACUGUCUUAAUUGUUCAAAUGUUGUGUGUCAUCUAAUUAUGUUGUUAAAGUGACCCUAUUGGUAUCUUAAUUAGUUUUUACCUGACACCUCAUCCCGGGAAUCUACUUCAGUUGUGGUCCUUACUUCUAUCGGCAAGCAGCAUUGUUGUGAGGCUCUGAAGGGCGUGGUUGCCAUUGUAAUAGGCUGGUUGACACUUUUUUUUUAAAUGGUCUUAAAUAGUUCAUUAUCCGUCUACUAGACAAUUUUUUUUUCAUAUUUUUUUGAGACGUGAUCACAUGAAAAUUUUAGUUUUUAAAUAUGUUUUUAACAAUACGAGCCAAAACGCCUGUCGGCCAGUAAAUUCCAACUGUUUCAUGACGUCACUGCAAUAAAUCCUUUACAAACGGAGCGUUUGACAAAAAUAUUUAGUUCGCGUUUAGUACAUAAAGAGUGUUAGUGACGUCACAAAAUGGUUGACAGCGUUUUUGACGUUUAGAAAAUUUUAAAAAAUACGUGAUAUUUAAUUUAGUAUUUCGGGCCCUUAUUCCAUGUACUAUACAUAAAUUAAUAUUGUUUAUAUUAAAUUUGAUAUGCGUCAACUACCCUAUCAUGGGCACAAGAGGCUUUAUUCCUACGCCUCAGGUCUAUAAACACAGGGUGACAAUUCGUCCGUGUCUUUUGUACGCCCUGCCAAAUGUUGCCCUGUGGUUGUGGACGCAAUUGAUGUACAAAGAUUGUUAGAAGCAGGUUCAUCUAUUAAUAAUUAAAAAAAUCAUUAUUUUUUUUUCAUCAUUUUAAUUUCAUUUUACUAUAUUCAUUUGUCUGAGUAGUUUCAACUGUACUAAGUGUACUAAAAUUAGUUUAAAAAUAUACUGAAAAUGUCAUCUUGCGUUCAUUUAUUUAAUUAUAGAUGUAUAAUAGAUGUAUUCGUAGGUGCUAGGUAAAAAUAAUUUCGAUAUACCUGAAUCGUAAACAAGCAAUAACAGUAAAUUAAUAAAUUACGUGAAAAGUAUCGAUCAUUGUGGAAAUAUAGAUAUAUCUAAUAAAAAUAUUAAAAGGUGAUCGAUUAAUUGUUAACGCCUAUUGUUGCAGUACCUGACAAAAAAGCAUGAGUAAUUACCGCCAUGUCUCGGGGCGUCACUAACUGUACCAAUAAUAUUAAUUAGUAGGUAGACAACUCUGGUCUAGGUCAUUUUAUUUUUUUAAAUAUAGGGUUUGCAAUAAAAAGAAAAUAUAUAUUCUUAUUCAAUUGUAGUUGCUGAAUCGACAAUCCAUGUAUUAUAUCAGAUAAAACGGAAGUACUGUGAUAUUCGUUCACAUAAAGAUAGUAAACAAUUAUACUGUAAAUAGGUCUGUGCGGAGCGGUGCCUGUGAAUGUGCACGCUGUUUGUAGAUCUACAUUUAUAUGUUGAUUGUGGACUGUGAGAGUCGACACAUUGAGUGGUGUGUACAACCUGGCAAAGAAGAGUAGAAAUUUAUAGAGGCGCCAAUAUGGCAACACGAAUACGAGAAACGUAACCUCAAUAAAAAAACUUUCAAAGCCGACAGAAUAAUCACUUUUGACAGCAUAGACUCUAACAACUGAUAAGUUGAAUAGUGUUGUAAGAGGGAAAAAAAGUUAAUCUUGUUUCUACACUUUUUUGCUAUGCUGUAUGAGUCGCGAGCGGUGUAGCGCCAUCUCGUGGCUUCGAGUGUCGGUGAGUUACGCAGUAGCUGCGGUGCGCUCCCCGCUCGCACUAUCACUUUCCUUUUUCAUAAUGUUACAUCGUGACGAUUGUUUUCUGAUAUUGUUCCAAAUACAAAGAAUUUAAUCAGUUUAAAUAAAACAGUUUAAAAUAAG